AGCUCAGUUCGCUGUAGCGCUGCCGCUGGAGGGAUGUGACCCCGGAACAGGACGCCUUCUUCAACAACACACCAUUCAAACACGCACACAAGAAAGAAAAGCUGGACCAGGAGGGAGCCACAGGAGCAGAGGGGAUGAACCGCGAGGAGGCCCCGGGGAAGUCUCCUGAAGACAUGUACAUCCAACAGAAAGUGCGGGUCCUUCUCAUGCUCAAGAAAAUGGGAUCAAAUCUCACGCCCAAUGAAGAGGCUUUCCUCCGAAACUACGCCGGGGUGGUCCACAGUCAGAUGAGUCAGCUACCGCAGCACAACAUCGACCAAGGGGCGGAGGACGUGGUAAUGGCGUUCUCGCGGUCAGAGACAGAGGACCGUCGACAGUGACCCAGGCCCUCCUCAACGACCUGCACUGCACCACACUGCGCCGCGCCCCACUCUGCCCCCUAGUGGUCCAGUCACACAAGUCAAACUCCCACCAACACCACACCACGAGCUCAGGAGAGACCCAGGAGAAGCCCACGAGGGAGUCGAAGAGGGUGGGAUGAGACUCCUCCUCCCCACCCCCCGUCCCAUAGGGGCUCCUCAAACAGGACACACCAGUACAGGACAUGCACUCACGCGGGACACUGUGGGGUGAAGGGCGUUUGCUGGAAACAAUAGUGUGGUUCCAGAUCAAUUUUUUUUUUUAGAGUUUUUUAAUUUAGCGCGACGAGGGGUGAGGUUUGUCUUUUUUGCGUUGAGACAGUGUUAAUUUACUGGUCACUGGAGAAACAAUUGGCCAGGUUAAAGCAAUGAUCAAAAAGGUCAGGGGAGAGAUUUUUGAAUAUUUUCUGCGUCGUUUUGUUCUUAAUUUGUUUUCUAUCAUACCGGGGCCUCAUUUGUAAAUACUACACACAAGAAGGGAUGAAUAGUUAGCUUGUAUAUCUUUAGCUUUUUCCUUUUUUUGCUUUUUUUCUGCUUUACCGAUGCUGUUGUGCGUCUCCUGGGUUACAGUGGGUUUGCAUGUUAAUUUGGAUGGAUUUGCGUCUCUUAACUCCUUAAAACGGCAACAUUAAAACAAGGCUUUGUCACGUAUUAUAAUCAUAUUUACCGUCUUGCGCCGUUUAGCGAACUAGAAGGCGGAAAAGCGGUUCGGGCCACGUACUAAUUGUAAAAAAGUGAGCGUUUCCAUGGCAACGGUGACCUAGUUUAGUUGAUUUUCUCCAUUGAUAAAGUGAUUAGCGCUCCGCUCCAGCCACACCUGUGCCCAGAGAGGUUUUUACGCAUUUUAAAUUGUUUUUUUUAAAUAUUAUCAACAUGUAUUUUAUGAAAAGAAGUCGCCACAUGAUGUUCCUAUGACAAACUUUGAAUAAAUAAGCCUAUAAACAUUUAACAAUAUACCGGUUUUACUAGUCUAAUUGCAGUCACCACACUCCACACAAGUCCACACUACAGGGAAUAUCAACUCUAUUUAUUUUAUUCAUCGUGCAAAAUUAAAUAUAUUUUGUGAUUUGAGAUUCGAGGCCAUUGUAGUUUUACAAAUGAGGCCCCUAAUUCUUCUGCUGCUUUAUUUCAAGUGCAACAAAGCUUUUCAUUCGAGAAGCAACAACAAGUGAACACUAUCCAACAUAAUCACUGAAACAAAAUCUCCCCUAUAAUUUAAACCUUUUGUGUUUUGGGAAGUCUUUUCAAGUGUGUAAACGGUUCGAGAAUACGACAUUAAACUGAUUAUGCCAACAAUGAUUUUUUUCAUUUUAUUUUUUAUUUUUUUGGAAGUGUAAAAACUAAACUCGAAUUUAGAUACGUUUUUGUAAUUUAUUUUGUCCCUUUUGUAGAUAGCGACAGUUCAUCAGCAGUGGUUUUUACAGUCAUUUAAAUAGUCGUUUACUACGUUUUAACUUAAGUUCAAACAUACAAAUACGUGCUGUACUGUAUCUCUUGCACUAUUAUCAAUGGGAUAUUCAUACAUUUUAACAUUAAGCACACACAUUUUUAUUUUAAAUUCAACUUUUAGGGUUAAUUGAAGAGUUAAUUUGCAAAAACAGAUAAGAGCUAUUUUAAAAAGUCAUGGGAGGAUUAUAGUCUACUCUUUGUAUGGAAGUAUUUUCAAAAGCCAAAUGUAUUUUACUGAAAUAAAAACAGUAUUCCACCUCUCGUUGAUAAAAUCCACUAUACAAGAUCAUAACAAAGAAAUACUUUUUGACAAUUUUUCAAAAUGCACAUAUCUGUUUUUGAAAUUCAACUCUUCAAUUUAACUCAAUUUAAAGAUUAAGUUUGAUCCAACUGGAGUUAAUAAAUCUACACUUUUCAUUUUCCUAGUGACACUCAAUACAAAUGUGCAGUUUGUUAACUUGUAUAACUUAAAAUAAUUGUUUUAAAGCAUGUCUCCCUGCUUGUUAAAACCCAUUACCAUUAUUUGUAUGUUUUUGUGGACGCUGUAUCUUUAAAAAUCAUUUUGUAAAAGUGUCAUAUAUGGUUGGCAAUAACUCUUUACUGAAUGUCAUUGUCGUGGCAAAGUAAACGCCAACUGCUCCUCAUACGAUUUUGUUUACUCUGUGUUAAAACAUUCUUUAUUUGUCUAUGCAUAUUUCUUUAAAUGUGUCUUAUUGUAUAUUUUAGCAGGGUUGCUACGGCCUUGUUCAGUUUGUGUAUGAACGAACGUGAGCGUGUGUGACAUUUUUGAUCAUGAGUUGUUUAGAUUUUUGGCAUGCUGUGGACUGUGUGUUUUUACUGUUUUGGCUCGUCUAAAACAUUUCGGUUGAUCUGUGUUGCCUUUGUUUUUUGGGUUUUUUUUGGAAUAGUUGGUUCAUUUUUGUACAGCUGCUGAACAUGUUGUGACUUAAUGCUUCCAAAUCCUAUACCAACUGAACCAUUAAACAGAUUUUAAACGUGAAA